AUGGAGCGAAAUCGCUAUCCACUCCUACUGAGUGCGCUUGUCGCGCUCGUUUGCCCCUCCACCGCAAUCUACUCGCCAACCUCCGUAUUUCUCUCCCCGCAACACAAUGAUUCUCUCGCCUAUAUCUUGCGUCCCGGCGCGACCGGCACCGAGUUCCUCUCCCUGAAUCUGUCCAGCUCUAUCAAUGCCGACGAUUUGUCAUACAACACCUUGUUGAGCAGCGCGCCUUUCCACACAGACCAUAACUCGACUGCAAUUUCCACUAUCGAUGAUCACAGUCGGAUUACAGUAUACGCUGGCAGCUGCGGCAGCGCGACCGAUCACCAGGCGUUAUGGCAGUUCCGUCCAGAUACCAACAGCUCAACCGGCAACGGCACUUGGACUAAGUUGCAGAUCAACAGUGAUGGAAAGACCGCGCCGAAUUACUUAGCAGCGGGGUUCAGUUACUCAUCCAGCCAUGGGAAGGAAAGCUCUAUGUAUGCCUUUGGAGGCAUGUGUCCCUUCGCCAACAGCACAGACGAUACAUGGAUCGAAGCAGCAAACUAUUCCCAGUCAACAGUGGUGCUAGGCCAGAGCCCAUAUUACAGCAACAAGUACACUGCGGCAACGACUGGUAAUCGCGCCCCACCUGUCGCUGAGGCCGGGAUGGCCGUGGUUCCUUUGGAAGCCACAUAUUCAGCCGAGUUGAUAGUUAAACAGCAGGACUUUUUGUUCAUCGGCGGUCACACUCGGCAAGCAUUCCUGAACAUGUCACAACUUGCUAUAUUUUCAGUGCCACAGCAGAGCUGGAGUUUUGUUUCUGCGGGUGGGAAAUUGACAAAGAGCGAAUUGGCUGUUCGGGACUGGACAGAUGUCGAGCCUCGGUCUGGUCAUACUGCUGUUCUUUCAGGAAAUGGAAGAAAGAUAUUCGUGUUUGGAGGUUGGGUCGGCGAUACAUCAGUCGCUGCUGAUCCGCAGUUUGCGGUUUUGGAAUUGGAUGAAGGGUUUGGAGGAGCUGCGGAGUGGACUUGGACAACGCCUUCUCCAGAUGGGCUUGGGAUAGACGAAGGAUCGGGAAUAUUCGGCCAUGGAGCCGCGAUGCUUCCGGGAGAUGUGAUGAUGAUCUCUGGAGGUUACAAUAUCGCGAAGCAAUCAUCGAAAAGGGCCGUUGCUGCCACUUCCAACUCCCAGGUCUAUCUUUACAAUGUGUCCUCCAACAGCUGGAGUGGCUCAUAUCAUAACCCUGCAGCUAUAUCGGAGCCGGCCUCGAGUAGCAACUCCAAAGCGCUUUCGUCAUCCCAAAAAGCUGGUCUGGGAGUUGGGCUUGGUAUCGGGUGUCCAGCUGCCAUCGCCAUUCUUCUGGUUGCAUGGAACUGUCAUCGAAAACGUUGCGUCAAAGGCAAGCGUGACUCCCAGCUUCGCGAGCUGGCGCUGGGGGCAGAACGAGCUCAUUUCUGGGGGCGAGGUGAUCCAACCCAGGCGAGCAGUAUCCGCAGCUCUGGCAUGAGCGAGAAACGAAAUUCUCCCGCAUACCCCUGGUCUCCUAAUAACAACCAGUCACCAACCUCCGAUUUGCAGAACCGGCGUGGUAGUGCAGCGGAGAGAACAGGGCUUCUCAUGGAUGCUCCCAGUCCGACAAAGAACAACCCACCCCCGGCGAAUGCCAGACCGUUCCCGAAUCGCUACAGUGAAUAUCGACGAAGUGAUGCCACCGACAUCCAUCCCAUCGAUGAGCGCGAGGAAGAUGAAGCUGUCUUCCGGGAGAAUCUCAUGGCCACCAUUCCAGCAAUCUCACAAACCCGCCCCAAGAGCGAGCCCGAAGAUCCCUUCUCAGAUACUCCCUAUGCCACACCCCGGAGCACCAUUUUUGGCGUCGGUCUAGGCCCGUUCUACUCCCGUAGAAAGGAUAUUGGCCAGGAUUCACCCGAAUCCCCUACGAAGAGUGAACGGACAACUACAAAUCUAUCAGAUAGCUCAGCCUUUUCCUAUGCCUCCUCUCAACCAGUGGGCCAGGUGCACCAGGCCCGAGCCGUGGUUAUUCAAAGACCCUAUAGCUGGGGUAGCGAGCGCCACUCUCUCGAGAAUCUCGCCGCCGCAUCAACACACAGUGACCCAGAUGGAGUCGCGCCCUCCGAGAAUUCAUCAGACUCCUACUCUACAGCCCAGACAAACAUGUCCCACCGCCAAGCAGAGAACGAGUCUCUGCUCUUUGAUCCAUUAGACCCAUCCACCCCAAUCACGAAUUACGAGUCAUCCUCCCCAUCGAAACUCCCCCGUCAAAAAUCCCGCUCAUCCUCCGGAUGGAUGAUAAACACCAUGCGCAGAGCCCUCACCAUGUCCCGCCGCGAAGCCCACGGCUCAUCCACCGACAACGGCUCCGCAUCAGGCAUCGACCGCGGCAGCACCCUCAUCGGCUCCGAGCAAGACUCACCCUCGAGUUCCGUCACCCCUCGCCGCACAGUCAGCGCCUCCGCAGAGCUCUUCCGCCGAAAGCAAGGCGCAAAAGACUGGAACGCGAAGCGUGUCUCAGACGACGUCUUCAAUACUGCCCGCUCAACCCGUGAUGAUCUCUUCAGAGACGCACCAGGGUACCUGGGUAACGACGUGUUGACUGAUAACGAGGACGAUGUUCAUGAUUGGGAUCUAGAAGGGACUGCAGAAGGCCGCCGCGUUCAAAUGACGUUUACCGUUCCCCGUGAGAAAUUGCGAGUCGUCAAUGCUACAGCUGGGGAUAUGGAUAAUAUCUCUGAGCGUUCGGCUAGUAGGCCUGGGAGUCGCAGGGUGAGUACUUGA